AUGUAUAGAACACCGGUUGCGUCCCCCUCGAAAGCUGGAAGGAGAUUCUCCCAGGACUCCCCCUCACCAUCACCAAAGAGGGAUGAACAGCAGGAAGCAAGCAAACUUUUCAUCAAUAGAACACAAGUAAAACGAAGAUCGCUGGAAAUAAAAAAGAGGUAUGACACAAAAUCAAAAAUAGGGAUGAUGAAUGAAAACACACAGGAACUGCUAAAACAAGUCAUGUUACUAUUUGAAGAAACAGCGGAAACAGUCUAUGGACAAAUGAGAAGGGACGUAAAGGCAAAACUUGAAGAAAUAGCUGAUAAAGGUUUAACAACAAUGUUCGAAAUUAGCAGGAGAUGGACGGGACAAGGAGAAGAAAGAAGAGAAGAAAAGGAAGGAGGUAUAGAAAUACAAUUGAAGGAAAUGAGAGAGGAAAUGAGAAGGAAUAUGGAAGAAUGGAGAAAUAAAAAGGAACAAGAAGAAGAGAAAAGGCAAGAAGUAGAAGAAAUUAUAAUAAGCACAAGAGAGGAAAUGAGAGGGAUAACAAAAAAGAUAGAGACCUCCGAAGACAACAUAGUGGCGGAAGUAAUAGACUUAGGGAGGAAAAGGAAGGAAACAAAAGUCACCUGUGGGAAAAUAGAGGGAGAAGAAGAUAAACAGAGGGAAGUAGAAGUUGAAGAAAUAAGUAAGAAAGAGUUAAAGGAAAUAAAAGAGGAAAUAAAUGACACGAAGCAAGACAUACGACACGAACUGAUGUGCAUACAGGGAGAUUUAGUGGAGAUAAGGAAUGAAAUAUAUAAAAGGUUUGAUAAAACAACAGAAAGUUUAGUCUUGGCAGAAACGAAUAUAGGAAUUGUGAUAGAAAACCAGGUUACAGCACAAGAGAGUUUAAAUAUAAAUGAAGAUCUACUGAAUGAAAUGAAAGGAAAAAUUGGCGACCGGGAAGAACAAACGGCACAUCAGAAUAACAACAUCAUGAAUGGAACAACAUAUGCAAACAUAACGAAGAGGCAUAUACCAGAAACAAUACACUCAAUAGUACUGCAAUCGGAAAACAAAAAUGAUACGGCGGAGGACCUCAUACAAAAAACAAACAAAAUAUUAGACCCCAAAACAGGAGAUAUAAAAAUUGAUAAAAUAAGAAAAAUUAAAGACCAGAAAAUAAUAAUAGGAUGUAAACAGGAAAAAGAAAUAAAUAAAAUUAAAGAAAAACUGGAGAAUAGCAAAGGUAUAUCAGUAGAAAAAAUAGAAAAUAAAAACCCAUUAAUAUUAAUUAAAGAGGUACAAUAUAGAAUGCAAGACGAGGAAUUGAUCCAACUAAUCAUAAACCAAAAUAAAGAAUAUUUUAAAAAAGAGGAGGACAAAGAGAUUAAAAUAAAAUUCAAGAAAAAAGCAAUUAACCAAGAAAGAAGUCACGCGGUCAUGCAAGUCAAACCUGACGUAUGGAGAGCCAUGACCGAAGCCGGAAGAGUAUACAUAGGAAUGGAGCGGCUAAAGGUCGAAGACCAAUCGCCGCUCAUACAGUGCACAAAAUGCUUGGGCUUCGGUCAUGGCAAGAAAUUUUGUCAGGAGAGUGCGAGUAGAUGCAGCCACUGCGGGGACCCGCACCUUAGGGCUAAUUGCCCGGAAAGGAAAGCGGGUAGACCACCGCGGUGCUGCAACUGCACGCACGCCGGAAUUGAAAAUGAGGAACAUAAUGCUUUCAGUAAGGAGUGUAGGGUACGAGAGAAAUGGGAGUACUUGGCCCGCACUACCACAGCAUAUGUUUGAAACAAGGAAACACAAAACAAAAAACAGUAACACACAAAAACAAAUAAAAAACAAAACAAAAAACACAACCAAACAACACAAACAUAACAAAAAACAAACACAAAAAAACGGAAUACAUGCAUAUAAAAAUAAUGAAUAUUUAAAUAUAAGCAUGGAACAGCAAACACAAAACACAAACGAAUUAAACAGAAAAAUCUAAUGACAUACAUAAUGAUAUGAAAUGUUAUUAAGACAACAGAUUUAGACAUAAAAAAAAGGGAAAUAAAAGAAUAACAAUUAAAAGGACAAGUUAGGCUCACAAAAUACUAUAAUUGUAUAGUCUGGAGUGACCAAACAAAUAAGAAUAAUAUAAUAAAAGGAAAUUUAAAUUAGACAAAGAAAUCAAAAUAGGGAUAAUAACAAAAGGAUAAAGGAUAGAAUAUAAAUAAGGAAUAAAUAUAAAAAUAAAGAAGACAUAGACGGGGGAUUGGAAUUCACUUAUAGAAUUAAUAGAGACAUAAAUAGCAAUGAUUAGAAGAAAUAAGAAAAGCAAAACAUUUAGAUACAAAUAAAUAUGUAAAAGAAAAUUAAUUAGAUGUAUAUGAAACAGGAUAAAUAAGAAAAUAUAAAAGAAUGUAACUAAAAAGGGAAAAGAUGACAUAAUAUAGACAUAUAUCCAGUAGCGAGUAUUAAAAUAGAAUCAAUAGGAUAAGAAAAGUAACUAGAGUUAAGAAAUUAAAACAUAAAAUAUAAGUAAAAAGAAUGUAAAAUAGAAAUAAGAAAAAACUUGAACUGUAAUAAAGUUACUAAAAUAAUAGAAUAAACAUUAAGAAACAAAUGUAAUAAAAAUAAACAUAGGAAAACAAAAUGUACAAGUAAAAGAAAAAUAACUUAGUAAUUAAGAUAUGUAACAUAAUUAGAAAUAAGAAAUGUAAAACACUUAGAUAUUAAUAAAUAUGUAAAAGAAAAUUACAAAUGUAAUAGAAUAAAUAUAGAAAAAUAAAUGUAAUAGAUUAAGUGAACCAGAACUAUAUGUAUUAGGAUAAGAACAAUAAAAGAUGUGUUGAGUACAUUAAAUAACAAAAGAAAUAAAUAAGAUACAUAGAAUAGAAUAGUUAUAGAUGCGGCGAACCCGGUCGCUCGAAGUAUAAAUGAGAAAGAAUAAAAGAAAGAAUAGGAAUGCAGCAUGAAAGGAAUAGGAUAAAAGAGAGAACUGGAAUGAAUGUGGAAUUUAGAAAAAACAAAGGCCUGCUAAAAAGUGGGGUGCAGUGUAGGGCCCGGCCCGUAUUGUGGGCCAGGCAUUAAAAAAAAAAAAAAAAAAAAAUAUGCACACACACUUACAUGCACACAACACACACUGUCACACAGUUAUACAUCCAUCCACUACACUUACACAUUCAACCACACAUCCACAGUUACACACACACACUUUACAUACACAUUCAUGUAUCUCACACACACACACACACAACUACACGCCG